AUGUUGUUAGCAAUGCGUCGCGAGAGUGAACACCAUCACGCCGCAGUCACAGCCACAGUACCGCCAACCGUCCCAGCAGCCAACGCCACCGUCGUCAACGUCGCCACUACAGAGUCAGCACCGGUUAGUGUGUCGGCCAUCACGAAUGGUCUUGUAGUGCCCUGUGUUAGUACAGCACUUCAGCUGUCACCCAACUUAAGUGUCGCCGCAAACGCAACGUCUUGUACCAUACAACACCAUCAUCUGUUGCAGCAACAGCAACUGCAACUGCAACAGCAACAGCAAGAACUACAACAACAACACGCACAACAUUUGCAGCAACAACAAGCGGACUCAUUAAAUACACCCACAACACCGUUACUGAACUUGGGUCGUAGUCCCUUGCAAUUUCCGCCGCCACCACCACCACCUGUACCCGUACAAGCCGGGCCACAGUUCGGCUUCUAUACACCUAGCACGGGUGCAGCCACUUACCUGCAUCCGCAUUAUCCAUUGCCCUCGGCUGUACCAACGUCUGUUGGCACUUCACUGCUGCCAGUCAACACCGGAAGCGCCUCUUUGGCGAAUGGCGCACAGCGCUCCAGCUCAGCCCAGUCUACGGAAUUAGACGAAUACGUUGACAUCUUACAAGUACAGCAACUAUUGUUGGACUCAUCAGCGUCUGCCAGUCAGCAGCAAGCUUUGGCCGCAGCUAAUGGCGCUAAUGCGAGCACGAGUGGCACAACUGCGACGACGAGCUCACAACAGAGUUUACCCAAACCACGACCGCGUUUGAAUCUGCAAAAGGCUUCGGAAUACGCUGCUCAAGUGCAAGCGGAGUCUCCAUCUUCUCGUCGCAUGCUGCUCGACUAUCCAAGUCCAUAUUUGUACGGCAAUCAUUAUCACUCGUCGCCCAGUGAGGACCUUGUUGCCCUCUGGUUCGGCAGCAAUGGCUCAGGUGGCGUAGCCCCUGGAACCCCAUCAGCGGCCAUGAUCAUGGAAGGGCUUGAAACCCUUGUGGCGCCAUCGCAUCACGCAUUCCUACUAACCGAAUCCGCCGCCGCCGCACACUUCAAUGUGCUGAGCUUCGAUACGUGUCUCUUCAAGACCACCGCACAGACUAGUCCCUCAACCGCGGCCACAUCGGCGACCACCUAUCUCAGCACCCCAUCACAUACAUUUGGCGGUGGCCAUUUGGGCGCCGCACAAACGCUACUCCACUACAAUCUCUCGACGGCGAAUAACACUCAUCAGACCGCCAUCGCGUGCGGCAGCAGCAGCAGCAGCAGCGCGUGCAAUACACCGACCAUCAAUAAUAUAGCUACCACCGCGGCAGCUGGCACAAAUUCAGCGCUCAGCGCUGCUAUUUCACGCACAAAUUUCACGCGUAUCGGUGUUGCCAACAACAAUAACAACAACAGCAGCAGCAAUAGCAACAGCAGCAACAACAGCUGUAAUACAGUAGCGACCGCAGUGCAGCAAGCGAACGCGGCGCUUACAUCACCAACACUCGCGGCAGGCGCCGUCACCGCAGCCAACAAUACAAAUAAUAACAGUAAUAAUAGUGGACGCAAUUCCGCUACACAUUUGAGUCUGCUCAAUACUGCACAACACAGUCCGAGCGGUCACGCGGCAGCCAGUUUAGGUGGCGUCGCGGCCACACCCAACGGCGUAGAUAUCGCGAGCGGUGUGGUUAAGCAGUCACAGCAGUCAUUGCCGUCGGACGCGCAGUGCGGUGAUACGCAGACGGGCGAUCUGAAUACGCCCGUCACCACAUCCAACGAUAUUCCAUCAUUUUUCGGACCAUCAACCAUUGUUGAGCCGCCACCCAUUACAGGUUCCAUCGAAUCCGAGGAUUUGUCCCUCGAACCCCAGCCCACGACCAGUCCGGUGCUGUGCAGUCCAUUGAAGGAGGAGCGCAGCACGCCGCCUACUUUGGCAAUUGUCAAGGAAGAAACAAGUAAUAAUAGUUGUACCAUGUACCCUACACAUCUAAGUCAGAAUCAGACAACAACAACUACAACAUCAGCAACUAGCACGACAUUAUGUAAUAAUACCGCCAAUACAAGUACACAAAACAAUACACAACCACAACAACAACAACAGCAACACCAUCAAAGCCAACAUCACCAUCAACAGACACAGCACACACAACACCACCAACAACAUGCCGGCCAACACUCACCCCACCACCAUCACCCGUAUCAACAUCAGCAGCAACAGCAGCAACAUCACUUACAACAACAACAAAACCAAAUAACACACCACAACACCUUACACCAACAACAUCAGCAACAACACCUGCAACACAAUAGUCAUCAUACACACCACCAGCAACAGCAACAACAACAACAACAACACCACACACAUUAUCAACAUACGGCGCAUAGCCUUCAUCAACCACACGCCCAUCAACACCACCAUCACCAACAACAACAACAACAACAGCAUGCGCAACAACACCAACAACAGCAGCAACAACAACAACAACAACAAACGCAUGCAACUAGCAAUAGCAAUAGCGGCAAAAUAUCAUAUCGUGGCAUUUUCACCACUACAGGUAAUACAGCAAUGAGCGGCCUGCAUUCCGCAGCCGCCGCAGCCGCUGCCGCUACCCAGCAACAGCAGCAGCAACAGCAACAACAGCAGCAGCAACAUCAGCAAGCUGCGCAACAGCAGAUUGGUUCGCCACAAUUGAGUGUGCUGCCUGGACAAAUGUCACCACCGUCGGCGGGUCUUGGCAAUAGUUGGGGUCUACCCAGCCCCGAUAAGACACUCUUCCAACCGCCCAUAUUCAGCUUACUUGGCCCCGGUCCACAGAGCACAGCGCAAGCGCAUUACGCUACCCAACAAAAUAUGGCGCAACCAUCGUCCACUCCCUCACCCUCCCAUCACAUGCACACCGCCGGCUACGAUGAUGGGCGCGCGGCUGCACAACAUGUCGAGCUGCUCGGCCUUAAUAUGGACUGCUCGCCGAUAAUAUUGAAGCAGCCGCCGCCAAGCUAUAGCAGCACCAGCAGCUUCACCAGCCUUGCUGACAUGCAACAAGCGCAAGCCAAUCAUGAGCUGCAACAAUACCGCCAACAAAUAUCCGUCGCCGCAACCAAGUACCAGUGGCUGGAUUCGCCAGCCGAAUACGGUGGCGCGCAACAGUCCUUGGUUGUGCCUGGGCCAUCAUCCGCAACCUCUUCCGCAGCCGCAGCAUCCGUAAUUGGUGGUAUUAUUCCAAAGCAAGAGGCCUACUCGGAUCCCACACCGCCACACCAUAUGCAGCCGCCAUCAUCGCAAGGCAGCCAAUCUGGCUACUCUGUUGUGCAACUAGCUGAAUACAGUCCGUCGACGAGCAAAGGUCACGAAAUACUGUCACAAGUAUAUCAGCAGAGCACCAUGCCGCUCAAAUUGGUGCCGGUGAAGCCACGCAAAUAUCCGAAUCGACCCAGCAAAACGCCUGUGCACGAGCGUCCCUACGCCUGCCCCGUGGAGAAUUGCGAUCGGCGUUUUUCGCGUUCCGACGAACUUACCCGCCACAUACGCAUACAUACCGGUCAAAAACCUUUUCAGUGUCGCAUUUGCAUGCGCUCUUUCAGCCGUUCGGAUCACCUCACAACGCACAUACGCACCCACACAGGUGAAAAGCCCUUUUCAUGCGACAUCUGUGGUCGUAAGUUUGCGCGCUCCGACGAGAAGAAACGCCACGCCAAAGUACAUCUCAAGCAACGCAUUAAGAAGGAGUCCAAGCUGAGUCAACAACAGCAGCAGCAGCAACAACAACAAGCCGCCGCCGCAGCAGCAGCGGCUGCCCAACAGCAACAUCAUCAUCAUCACUCGGCCCAUCACAUGCUUCAUUCCGGCGAUUUGCCUAUUGUAACGAGUAGCGCCACUAGCUUGUAGGCCGAAACA